CCCCCCGUCUGUCCUUGGGGUCUCGUCUUCUCGUGGGCUCUACAUUCCCCUUGGACAUCGCUUCUUCGUUUUGGUCUUGAGUAUAACUUCCAGUCUUUUGGAUUUGAUUUCAAAAGCAGGUAUAUCCUAUUCAUAGACUCCGCUCUGUUGUCUAGGUUACAGUGUUAUCGAGCACCGCCGCCCGCCGACACAUCACUAAAAGACUCAUGUCUUGAUCCCUCCGCUGCUAACUUGUUUGCCACGGUGUCUUUGUGGGCGAGUACAUCAAGCCAUUCCUUUGGACCGCAAGCAUGUCCCAAAAGAUCGAUUUCAACGCCCUCAGGGCGCGUACUAUGGGAUCGGGGAACGAUGAAGAGGCGGUCACUGUUGAUACACGGGGUUUAAUCUCCAAAGUCCUCGCACGUUACUCCGGGAAAUGGACGGUUCUACGGGAGAUGAUCCAAAAUGCGGCGGAUGCUAAUGCCACGAAAGUGACUAUCAAGUUUGAGACGCUACCAUCUACGACGGUCCCACUACCCUCAGCUGCUGAUGAGAGUACCCUGAUCAAGCAUACUAUCCCCAAUCAUACCCUUAAACGCCUUCUGAUAUCUAACAACGGCACCCCUUUCAGUGAAAAGGAUUGGGGAAGAUUAAAGCGCAUCGCCGAUGGGAACCCCGACGAGACCAAAAUCGGAGCGUUUGGUGUUGGCUUUUACAGUGUAUUUGAUGACUGCGAAGAGCCAUUUGUAUCGUCUGGGAAAGAAGCCAUGGCUUUCUAUUGGAAAGGGAACGCUCUUUUUACCCGUCGGCUACAGCUGGACGAAGACGCAAACCCGGAGACCACAUUCGUUCUAGACUAUCGCAAUGACACCUCACCAAUUCCUUCGUUGAUGCAGCUAUGCCAAUUUUUAUCCAGCAGCCUUACUUUCGUAAGCCUUGAGGGUAUAGAACUAUGGUUGGAUGACUGGAGUCUAUUACGGCUUUCAAAGAAGACUGCCCCAAGUGUCAACCUAAGCAUUCCGAGAGAUAUCGAAACCAAAACACCUCAAGGUUUGAUGAAGAUAUCAAAUGUCACACGAGAGGUUGCUCAAGUUGAUGCUUCAUGGAUGCGCGUUGUUGAAUGGAACCCAAAUGCAAGCACUUUUCGCGAGGGACUCAGAGAUACGACUGGGUCAUUGCGUACCUUUUUCUCUAAACUCACGGGUCAGAGCAGCCCGGAAAAGCCAAUGAAGCCCGAAAAACAGGACAGUUCCAUCGAUACUGAUGAGAUGGCCAAGAUCCAAACCGCCUCAGUCUUUCUACACAUCAACACUGCCAGCCUUCAGGCUUCCGUUAGUCAGUCUUUGAGCAGCGAACUUGAACGAGCGACACGCAAGCCUCCCCCUAAGCGAUCUACUAUCGCUAUACUGACCCCUUCAUAUGACACGACCUUGGCUUCUGGGGCCUCUGGCUUACAAUCAGAGGUCCUCUCUUCUAUCCUCCCUUCUAAAGCUGGGAGGGUCUUCAUAGGCUUCCCAACCCAUCAAACAACAGGCCUCAAUGCUCAUAUAUCUGCUCCCUCUGUCAUUCCCACAGUGGAGCGGGAGAGUAUCGAUCUCAACACUCGCUAUAUCAGCAAAUGGAAUCUGGAAAUGCUGAGGGCAGCGGGAAUAGUCUGUCGGAUUGCCUGGACUGCGGAAAUGGCAACCAUCAAAGCAAGGAUAAUGUCUGGGAGAGAGUCGUCGAAGUCCACGAAAAUACGAAAGGACGAUAUAGUCGAUGUGCUUCCUGAGGCUAUUCACACUGCGAACCAGUUCGUAUUCCGUGAAUCAACACCGUCAUCGCUUUUGGGGCAAACCAUUGAGGACGCGUUUUGGACGUGCAACAAAAGUUCAUCUAUCGAAGUCCUCUCAACAUGCGGCAUCAUUCAGAGUCAUCAGGCACGUCUUGCUCCAAAGGAUCUUAGUUUCAUGGAUUCUAUCCCGGUUCUGCCGGAUGAGUUUGUGUCGGGUGCAAAAGACUUUGUUAAGAAGCUGACCGACUUUGGACUCGUCACUGAUAUAACGGUCUCCGACAUUAAGCGGGAACUGGAGACUAGCACACUACGUACCAGCCAGGUUAUUGAAUUCCUUGCCUGGCUAGGUCGAAGGGCGGCCUCAGGCCAGCUUGAUCUAUACUCCGUUCAAAGCCUCCUGAAUGUUGCAGUAGCAAAUGACGAAGAUGACGGUGGUCCUCAGACAAGACUGAUUGUUUUUGGCGGCAUCGACAGUUAUCUGAAUCCUCAAAAGAUACCCGUCAAUUUGCCAAUGCCACCGUCUGUGGCACCUUUCAAAUUCACAAAAUCUCUUGGGAAGCAGGAGUUGGAAGCUUUUGGUUGGUCAGAAUAUCAGAUAGUUCCAUGGGUUCGCUGGCUAGUCAGCAAUGCUGGUAACCGAAGCCUUCUCCCUGUGGAUCAGGAUAUCACACAGAGCCCCUCGUUUUCCGCGCAGGUCUUACCUGUUCUGUCCAAGCAAUGGGAUUAUCUGAGCCAGCCUUCGAGGCAAACGGUGAUCAAUCAACUACAGCCACACACCAUCAUACCGACCAAACUUGGGAUGAAGCCUCCUGCCGAGACUUACUUCUCUUCGGUGAGGUUGUUUGAUGAUCUUCCCGUCAUCCAUGGUCUAAAUGGAGUCAAAGAGAAGUUUCUGGCCGCGCUUGGCGUUCGUAAGACAGUUGAGCUCGGUGUAAUCUUCGAGCGUCUCCUCGAUACGGUGGAAUCGCCCGAUGUCUCUAACAAUAAUCAGAGAAAAUGGAGCCAUGUUGACUUGAUACGGUACCUGGCUUCCGUUCGUGACGAUAUCCCCGCCAAUGAUAUCAAGCGCCUCAAAAACACCAGUUUGUGCACUGCCGAACCAAGCGAUGGUGAGAAUGGCGACCUAAGAGCAGCGCAUCGCAAACGCUACAAAAUCUUCGAGUUGUUUGAACCGAAAGACUCGCUCAGGGCUUUAGGGUUACCUCUCAUUGAUUGGCCAGGUCGUUAUCAACCUAGCAGUAACGAGGGGAAAUUCCUGUCUAUGUUGGGGCUGAGAAGUUCCCCGUCACCUCCUGAGCUGGUACAGAUCAUGGCCAAAGCGGCGACGGAUGGUAACUGGGUUCUCCAUACGAAAGCGAUGUCGUAUUAUAUCGCCGAGUACCAUAACAGUGGUUAUGCGACGUUCGACUAUAAUGCAGUGAAUGUCUCGUUUCUGCCCAUUGAAGGCUCGCAAAGCUUGGCUACCCCGAGCAAAUGUUUCACUGAUGAGGGCGCUACCUUGUUUGGUUUCACAAUUCUUCGAAGGGACCUCCAUCCUCAUGCUUCCAAAUUUGGAGUGAAACAACACCCCGCUUUGAGUGAUUGCAUCGAUUGUCUCAUACGUCAGCCACCGUCUACGAAGCGUGACGCAAGAGUAGUCUUUAAAUAUUUGGCGGGGAGAGUGUCGGAACUCAGUGCGCGGGAUAUAGAUUGCGUCGGCAGUGCGCAGGUGGUUCCCGUCUCGACUACACCGGAUGCGGUGGAGAAGAAGGCCGUUGUGCGUCGUGUGGCGCCCAAACUCUGCUAUCUCGGAGAGGGUGAAGACUACAAAGACAUAUUCGACUUCAUCGACUUUGGUCAAGAGGCGAACCUCUUCCUCAUGGCAGUCGGUUCCAAACGAGAACCGACCAAGGUGGAAAUUGCGCGUAUGCUCGUAAAAGAACCAGCUAGGAUAUCGGCCACCUUCCAAAGUGCUGACAAGUAUCUCAAAUUAUUGAGAACACUUGCCGAACAUGUGUCGACCCUUAGAAAGGACCGCGAACUAUUCCAGGAUAUGAAGAGAUCGGCGUUUCUGCUCGCCAGCAGGGAUAUUUCGUCCCUGGCGCAAGAGAAAGCCGCAAAGGAGAACUUGUCUGAUGAUGAAGAGGAAGAUCAAAGCAUCAAGGAAUGGACUUUGACUGUUGCAAAGGACGCCGUCGUGGUGGAUGAUUUUCAGAGCUUUAACCUCUUCAAAGAGCAUGUCUUAGCCGCGCCUCAGGAAGAGUUGCUAGAGAAUUUCUAUCAGUCUCUAGGGGCUCUGCCGUUGAGUGGGCUUGUCGAAGAGCGUGCUCACUGGGGUGCUGUAGCUGCCGACCAACGUCCAGCCGCCAAACUGCAGAAGCUGAUCAAUGAACGCUCGAGACUGUUCUUACAUGACCAGUCUCCUGAUCUGAUAAGGCAUGAAGUGCGUUGGCUAGAGAGGCAUCUGCAAGUGCAGGUGGUACAAUCUAUUUCUCUCACCCGGUCUCUGAAGGGUCGUCGGGUUUCCCACACUCAAAAGCGAAGCGCAAUCAUCACUCAGCAACCAAAGGACUGGACCCUGUGGAUUUGUCCGGGCAAAUAUGACCUCUACGAGAUUAGCCAGGCUCUUGUGCACCUCAUCCUUGUCCGGCCGAAGCUCCAUUCAACCCUUACAUUAGAGAUGCUGUUGAAGACGGAUCUGUUGGAGCUUAAAGCUCGCGGCUAUAAUGUGGAACGCAUUCUGAAGCAGAAGGCGCACGAGGCCAGGAUGGCAGAGGACAGACGACAGAAGCAGUUGGAAGAGGAGCGACAACGCCUUCAAGAGAGAGAAGCUGCGUGGGCCAGGGAACAGGCCCAGGUGCAAGCACCACCGCAACCGACGGAAGAUGAACGCGAGCAACUAAUGCCGGGAGAUUUCCCCGACUCACCCUCCGGCAAAAACGCUAGCCGUAAUGUCCAGGCCGAGGGUUCUGACCAAGCUCCAGAUCGACGGCCUCGCGGCUUUUUUGCCAAUCUCUCCAAGCGGUUUGGGCUCGAGGGCAAUCGGUCGCCCUGGAAUGCCUCCAACGGGGAGUCGUCCCAGCCCGCCCUUCCUGGGACCUCGGAGAACGCCACCCCUCCCCCGCCUUACUCUGCUGAAGAUCCUCAGAAGACUCGUUCGGAAGCGCCUGUCAAUGUCAAUUCUCCCCAUCGGCUUCAGAAUGAGCUGCUCUCGGCCAUCCAAGCCUGUCGGCCUCACGGAUCAUCCGAUGUUUAUAGCCGACCCGAAACCAACCAGAUCACGGAGAAGAAGUCAUAUUGUGAUGAAAAGCCCAGCCAUGAUCUUGAGUUUGUAGCGACUCUUGCCUGUGGAAUCAACGUGCUGUUUGUGAGGACACUCUCGGACCGCAGUCAGUUCCUAGCCAUGAACAGCAUCGGCAUCAAUGUCUUCGCUUCGAUGCUGAUCGAUUGUGCCGGGAUCUUUUCGCUUCGUUCCAACAUCCUCAGUGUCUUCUAUGACCCCGGGGGCAAGACGAUCGCCUUCAACCGUGCUGGUAGUGUCUUCUGCAAUUACUUUUACUUCCAACAACUCCACGAGAAACAGCUGCUCGAAAACCCCACUUCCGACCGAACGGAUGCAUUGGUAUACUGGUGGGUGAUAUUAUGCCACGAAUUGGCCCAUAACCUGGUGGAAGAUCAUAGCUCUGCCCACAGCUACUACACCGAAAGCUUUGUUGCACAAUACUUCCCCAAAAUGGCGGCCAAACUGGCGAGCGCAGGAAAAGAUGCCCCGGGACCUAGUGCCUAGUCUACCUGCACCAUUUGGUUUAGGUUUCGAUAUGCAUUUUGUGUUUGCAGAGCGGUGUAUAGUAUCAUGAUCGGCAGAGACAACCGGCGAGGCGCCGGGAUGUAUAUAUAUGAGAUAGCUAGCAGUGAAAGUUUUUAGAUAAUGUCCCUUCUAAU